AUGCUUCAAUUCCUAUUUUUACUAUGUUUUAUAUUCUGUUCAAAUGUAUCAGCUCUCGGUAAUUUUUGUUUCUUACAAUUAGACAAAUUGGUUUAUGUGUUCUCCACAGAUUGCGAACAAAUCCCUGACUCGGAUAUCUUUGCUGGCGAUCAAUUCUGGUAUCCUGUAAACUCUUCGGACUACGUCAGAAUCCCUCCGAAUUUCAAUUGCACCUAUGUGAUCAAAGCCCCAAUCACCUCAUCUCAAGUUUUAUACGGAUCCGUUCUUCUCACAAAUUUAUUAAAAGGAGUCAAUGAUUACAUGAUUGUCACUGAUAGUUUGGGUGGCAAAACAACGUUGAAAUAUCGGAGUGACAGUUUUCUAAACUACGAUAUUUUCCCCGGAAAGCAAAUCUCGAUUCAAGUGGUCACAAAAAGUGUCGACAUGAAAUCCCAGUUUUUGAUUCAAGUAUCCUAUUCCAAAGUAAAAGUUGGGCCAACCACUCAAAUGAAAACUGGUGGAGCACUGAAUUAUGUAAACUUGGCAACUCUCAAAGGGUUCAAUCCCGUCCUACAGAAUUCCAUAACGGUACAGGGAAAUGAACCGAUUUCCAUGAGUUUGGCGACAUCUCGAAUUAUGUACCCAACAUUGUACCUUUACCAUUCCUACAUCAUCGACGGAGAUUUUUACAACCAAACAUCCGUCCACCGUCUCAUUGACUUUGAGCAGUCAGCUCCAUUCGUUUCCCUAAACAAUCGUGUCACAUUGGUCACAUUCCAAACUGACGCCUAUUAUGCAACUGCAGCUGUUUUGAAUCCUGUAUCAGAAGCCAAUAAAUUCGAGUAUUUGACUUCCCAAGCAAGUGUCAAUGGAGAACUUGACAAGGUUGCGUUCAAUCCUUAUUUGAAACCAGAAGCAUGUCAAGUUCUGGCAGUUGAUAGCAAAAAAAUUAUUAUGAAUUCUCUCAAUUUCAAUGAGGAAAUAACAUCCUCCUGUAUUGCUCAAGUUGUCACUGGUCCACCGAAUAACUCUUCUCAACUUCUUCUCGACCUGACAACUGCUAGAGGGCUCAUGCCAUACACAUUCAACUUGAAAUACUUUUCUGUUAUGGCCAAAGGGUACUGCACUCCGAUUCCACGAAGCGAUCAAGUGGCUGGGAAACAACUGAAAAUCCCAAAUGGAGCAACUAUGCCAGUGGUUCUUCCAGCUAAUUUUAAUUGCACCUAUGUCAUAAACCCACCGUUGAUGGUCUUUGCAAAACUCCAAGUAGAAAACAAGCUCAAAGGACUCAAUGAUGUUAUAAUUGUCCGAGAUAGCUUGGGAAAAAGCACAGUCAUCACUAGCCGUAGCCCGUUUCUAUCCACGUUCACCAUCUUCCCUCACACAAUCACCAUGAUUCAAGUAACAACAAAAAGUGUUCAGAUGAAUUCAAUGUUCUUGCUCAAUAUUGCUUUCGAAAAAAUGUCAACGCCAACAUUACAAGCAUUGGCAACUGGAAGCAGUGUAAUGAAUUAUCAAACUUUGAAUGAAACUCAAAUCGAGUUAGAAGAAAGACAACUAGUAACAUAUCAGGCAAACGAGGCGAUAACCGUAACCCUUGGAAAGUCCUUAUAUCAAAAUGACAUUUUCGACAACUUUUAUGUCGUCGAUGGAGAUUUCCACUACCCAACCGCAGUGACUCGUAUUUCUCAAUUCAAUCAGUGUGGAACAGUGUGCUACCGUAGUCAGACUAAUACAGUAACCAUUGUAGGAUUGGAUGAGUUCACUGAUGAAUCGGCAGUUGUCCUUAUGGAAACUUAUGAAUCAGAAGUUUACGAUGAAGUCGUUGCGAUGACGUUAUACGAUUCUGAUAACUAUUGGGACAUUACCAAUAGAACAGUGAAUUUUGAUUCGGCAUGUUCUAAUUUAGCUUAUAUGGUGCUCUCGAAAGAUUCUGAUGGUAUAGUCAUUGCAGAUUUUUCUUUUACCGAGGCUCCACCGCAUAUGAUUGCAAAAGCUGUAGCUGGACCUCCUAAUGGUGCAUCGAAGGUUUUAGUGGAUUUCACUGACAUCUCAAUCACUUAUCCAAUCAAAUUGAAUAUUCCUUUGAACACUCAGGUGGCUGGAAAGAGCUUGUACAUUCCAGACAAUCAAAAUAGUCCUGUAACACUUCCAGUUGAUUUUAAUUGUACAUAUGCGGUUAAUCCUCCUACACAAGUUUAUGCUGAAAUCACAGUGUCUAAUAACUUAAAAGGUGUAGAUGACGUCAUAGUUGUGACAGAUGGACAGAAGACAGUUACAAAAAUUACAAGAAACGAUCCUGAUGUUGUUUUCUAUGUAUUCCCUGGAACAUCCACUUUGGUCAACGUUCAAAAUUUUGAUGCAACAUCAAAGUUUCAGAUGACAAUUUCUUAUGUGGAGUUGCCAAACCCUGAACAACGAGCACUUCAAAAAGGCCAAAAUCUCAAUUAUCUGAUGUUGAACAGUAUUCAAAGAAAACCAAUUACUCUCUCCGCUGAUGGACCGAAAGUUGGAGUUACGAUUGUUGCGAAGGACGCAGGACAGCUGGUGUUGAACAAAAUGCGUUUGGGAGAUGGAGCUGAAUGCAAGUGUACUGCCGUAACUGGUCCCCCAACUGCUGAUUCAAAGGCUCUUAUAAACUUCAAAGAAGAUCAAUAUGCACUGCCACAACUAUUCCCAUACCCUUACUUCUCGUUCAUCGUAGAAAACUGUCACAUUCAAUUCAACUUCACUACAACCGUUUCUCCCAGUUACUAUCAAUUGGACGGCGAGAGAAGUGGAUUCAUAUUUUCACCGAUAUAUUUUAACAGUGAAGCCACAAAUCGAUUUAUAAAUCUAACUUUUGCUUACACUGGUGCUGAUCGAAAGCAAUUCGUGGUAGAUGUUGAUCGAGCGAUGUUGAGUGGUAGCACAAGUUCAGAAAUGGACAUUAAUAUCUACGAUAGUGACUGGAAAAAGACACUGAGCACUGUAAUAACCGGUAAUCAGGAGGGAACAAGAUCCAGGGCGUAUGGAUCUUACUUGAAUGUUCAGAUGACAGGAUACGUAGACGGAAAGCUGAAGUGGCGGUUGGAUUCCUCCGGUGUGUCCAUGUUUAAUGUACAAUCUAUGCUAAUUUUGGCAGCUUUUUACUUGGUGAUCUCAUUUUAA